AUGAUCCGGCGGGUCCAGCUCUUCCGCUUCUAUGGCUGCCUCCUUCUUGCUUGCAGCGCGACCGCUAAAGUGACAGGUCCUUUCUUAUGCCUGGCUGUACGCUUUCCCGACCCAAGCCGUGUAACCGCUAGAGACUUCGAGAACGCGGCGAGCAAUCCACCUACUACAUACAACUCACCUUCUUCGAGGGCGCAUAAGAAGCGCCGAGUCAUCUCUCAUGGGGCUGACACUUUGGAGCCUAGUUCCAGACCAGGACGGCUGGCAGCACACUGGGGCGUGAUGCCACAUCACAUGGACUACACAAACAAGCUUCCGAGGAUUUGGAUCACAUCUAAGAAGGGCCAGCGUGUGCUGUCCCCAUGGGCGCUAGCUUGGUUUGACAAACAACCCCGGAGGCUCGACAACCUUCCCAAGGAGUAUCGACAGGUAUAUGAAGCGAGUUUUGGAGAACCUCGAGUCAAGUUCUUGGUCGAUAUCAAAGAGGUGAAAGCAGUUCCGUUAUUCGAAGUAGAACUACAAUCCCAAAUGGAGCAGAGGAGAGACGUUGCAAGAGUCACAAAAAGCUUGCAACAGGUCGAGCAAAUGGACGAAAAAAACGCUAAAAGCGAGGGCAAAUCAGAGGGCGAACAUACCAGCGGACAGAGGCAACUACACAGCGGUUAUAAUUCUCAAUCUGAUGAGGUCAGCCGUCCAACUUCACCAGGCCUUCACCCAGUUGGUGGGUGGGGUGAACUUCCCGAGAACGAGCUUGACGUCCCGCUACCAGUCCACGCCUGUCAUGGUGGUAGCGCACCCCUCCCACCCCAGCGAGGUGAGCCUGAAAACGAAUCCAGUGGCAUAUCUCAUUGGCAGACGAAAAGCAACACCCGAAAACACGAGCGUGGGGGAAUGCCUAUCUGGGCUUGUCUAGUUGACGUGAAGUACCGACCGAAGCCAUGGGGUGAAGGCGAGCGAAUGCCGGAGGAUUACUACAGGGCACGAUUUCGAGUCGGUGCAGAAGGUCACCUCCCGAAUAACGUUAUACCAAACAACGAAACUCAGAAAGCCGCUGAGCCUAUCAUGCGCCCGCUAACGUAGACGACUAGUUCUCGAUGGCAAUCUACCUCUGUCUAAACCUCUGUCUAAUCCC